AAGAAGAAGAAGAAGAAAGAAAGAAAGAAAGAAAGAAAGAAAGAAAGGAAGAGAGAAGAAGAAGAAUUAGAGGAGGAGAAGGAGGAAGAGAGAGAAGAAGAGAUAGAGGAGAAGAAGAGAGAGAAGAAGAAGAAGAAGAAGAAGAAGAAGAAGAAGAAGGAGGAAGACGAAGGAGAGAAGGAGGAGGAGAAGAAGAAGAAUGACGCCGAGCCCGUGGUGCAAUUAUAG